CGGCGGGCUCUCGCCAUGUUUUGCCUCCCCUGUGGAGGUGAAGCCGAACGUGAUGAUGUCAGUGAGGUGGAUCCUGAGGACGAGUACUUCAUACCUCAGAACUUUCACAUCUUGAAGGCGCGGCUUCGCGCUAAGCGCCACGAGGAGUUGGUGGCGCAGUGGGAAGCCUACUUUGAGAAGAUCAAGCCGGUGGCCGCUGCUGGCGUCAGAGGGGGGCAGCCACCCGCUCACCAGGACUCGCAGCUGCAGGCAGCGCCAGUUGAGGACUCACAGAUGGAGGGCUGCGUCAGUGGAGAGGUUGGUGACGCUACGCUUACGCAGACAGUCGCCGUGGUACACUCCUCACCCGUGUCGUCCAGUGAGGAAGAGACGCUGCCCACACCUCGUCGCAUCCGAGGCUGCAGGCGAUGCUGGGCUGAGAGGCUGGGAGACAAAGCUGUAGUUCGGCCCCAUUGUCGCCAGGGGUACAGACUGUCCAGGAAAUAA